UCACCUAUAUUCACUCUUUUGCUUCCUUGAAGGCUGAAGGGUAUCAUCUCAUCUCAUCAAAAUGGGUUUUUGUUGUUUAACUUUCAAGUAUCAACUCUUCUUCUUCUUCUGUCUACUCUCCUUGCUCUUUCCAUCCUCUUUUUCUUCUUCCUUCUCUUCAAACCCACAAUGCUCUGCUCUACUCCAAUUUAGCAACUCUCUUUCUCUUCGCAGAUCCGCUUCUCCUCCUUUUGAUACGACCGAUUUAUCUUCUUUUUUUUAUGAUUCUGAUUAUAGAUCAAAUAUGAAAAUGUGUGAUAAUUCGUAUCCAAAGACAGCCUCUUGGAAGGAGGAUAAGGACUGCUGUAGUUGGGAUGGUGUCGAGUGUGACAAUGCGACACGCCAUGUUAUUGGUCUUGACCUUAGUUGCAGUUGGCUUUCUGGCUCCAUUCAUUCCAACAGUUCCCUCUUCCUUCUUCGCCAUCUCAGGUCCUUGAAUCUUGCUGGUAAUUUCUUCUAUCACUCCCUAUUUUCAUCUGAGUUUGGCAGCUUUAAGACCUUGACUCAUCUUAACCUCUCUCUUUCCUCUUUUUCUGGCAAAAUCCCAUAUGAAAUCUCCCAGUUGUCUUCGCUUGUUUCACUCGAUCUUUCUUACAAUUAUCCAUUAAUCAUCGAAACACCGGUCUGGAAAAGAGUCGUUGAUAACCUAACUCUGUUAAGGGAACUUCUUCUGGAUGACACAAAUAUGUCCUCAAUUAGACCUAAUUCUUUAAUGAAUCUGUCCUCCUCUUUGACAACUCUUAGUCUCCAUAGCUGUGACUUGCGGGGAAAACUCGAAAAUAACAUCCUCUGCCUUCCGAGUAUACAAACCCUUGAUCUAGGGUAUAAUUUCAAUCUUGAGGGUUCUCUUCCAAACACUAAUUGCAACAGCAGUAGUUCCCUGAAGUCCUUAGAUCUUUCUAGGAUAAUGUUUUCGGGAGAAUUACCUGAUUCUAUCGGCAGUCUAAAGUCCUUGAAGCAUUUGAAUCUCUAUCAUUGCAAUUUUACUGGUUCAAUUCCAACCUCGCUAGGAAGUCUCACUCAAAUUACUCAUCUGAUUCUAUAUUUCAACAAUUUUACUGGGCCAGUUCCAACAUUACUUUGGAAUCUCACUCAAAUGACUUAUUUGGAUCUGGGAUCGAAUAGUUUCACCGGUUUGCUGCCAUUGUCACUAUUGAACUUGCCAAAUCUCUCAAGUUUAUUCCUUGACAACAAUCAAUUUGUUGGUCCCCUUCCUAGUCACGUAAGUGGUUUGAAUCUAAUUAAACUCUAUUUAAGGUCAAAUUCCCUAAAUGGAACACUGCCAUCUUGGUUGUUCAGUUUGCCAUCUUUGGAGACGUUAAGCAUUUAUGAUAAUGAAUUUAUUGGUGAGAUUGGUGAAUUCAAGUCCGAUUCAUUAAGGUAUCUUGAUUUGGGUUAUAAUAAGCUACAUGGCUCUAUACCUAGGUCAAUAUCUAGACUUGUAAACCUUACUAGUCUAUAUCUCUCAUCAAAUAAAUUGAGUACUAUGUUGGAGUUUGAAAUGUUUUCAAAGCUCAAAAAUCUCCAAUAUCUUGAUUUAUCACAUAACUUACUCAGCAUCAACAAUGUAACUUUUACCUUGCCCAAUCUUCUGGAGUUGAACUUGUCUUCUUCCAACAUUAGUGAAUUCCCAAUUUUCUUAAGAACAACAACAAAUUUACAAUCCUUAGACCUUUCCAAUAACAUAAUUUAUGGUCAAGUUCCAAGAUGGUUGGGGGAUGUGGGGAGGGAUACAUUAGGUUCCCUUGAUCUUUCUCACAACUUUUUGACAAGUAUAGAUAAGAUUCCUUGGAAGAACUUACAAUUUGUUGAUCUUCGGGCCAACUUGCUUCAAGGACCAUUUCCCACAUUAAAUUUUCUUAACCUUCGAUAUUUCUUUGUCUCCAAUAACAGCUUUACUGGAGAAAUCCCCUCUUUAAUUUGUAAUGCAAGUUCCCUUGAAGUUCUAGAUUUGUCUCAUAACAACUUAAGUGGCAUGAUACCGAAGUGUUUGGCAAAUUUUAGUUUCCUCUUAGUGUUGGAUUUGCGAAUGAAUAACCUUUGUGGUACCAUCCCAGCCACAUUUGCUAAGGGAAAUAAUUUCAAGAAUAUUAACUUUAAUGGCAAUCAGUUAGAAGGGCAAUUGCCACGAUCUUUAGCAAAUUGUAGGAACUUGGAAAUUCUUGAUCUUGGAAACAAUAAGAUAAAUGGAACCUUCCCUUAUUGGUUGGAAAGUCUUCUGAAAUUGCGGGUUCUUGUCUUAAGAUCAAAUAGAUUUGAAGGUUGUAUAGGUAAUCCUAAAACCAAAUUUCCUUUUCCAAAUUUGCGAAUCAUAGACAUUUCCAACAAUCAGUUUAAUGGUUCUUUGCCAAUGAAAUAUUUCAAAUAUUUGAAAGCCAUGACAAAUGUGGAUGAAAGUGAAGUUAGAUUGAACUAUACAAGAGACUAUUAUUAUCAGGAAUCUUUGAAUGUGAUGAUAAAAGGGUCGUAUAUGGAGUUGGUGAGAAUCCAAACUGUCUUGUUCACAACUAUUGAUUUUUCAAACAAUGGAUUCAUAGGGAAGAUGCCGAAGACACUUGGAAGGCUCAAAUCACUCAAGGGGCUCAACUUUUCUCACAAUAACCUUAUAGGUUAUAUUCCUUCAUCGUUUGGAAAUUUGACCAAUCUUGAAUGGUUAGAUCUCUCUUUCAACAAGCUCAGCGGGAAGAUUCCCAUGCAAUUGGUAGAGCUAACGUGGCUUGAAGUUUUAGAUCUAUCAUAUAACCAACUUACAGGACGUAUACCUUUAGGAAAGCAGUUCAAUACAUUUGAUAAUGAUUCAUACAUGGAAAAUUCGGGAUUAUGUGGAUUUCCAUUGUCAAGAACAUGCAACAUUGAGACAAAGAAACCAACACCAUCGACCUUACAAAAAGAAGACAAUUUAGAGCCUGAAAAUGGGUUUGGUUGGCAAGCUGUAUUGAUAGGUUAUGGAUGUGGAGUGAUAUUUGGAACAUUGAUGGGAUAUCUUAUGUUUAAGUUUGGAAAACCAAAGUGGAUUGUGAGGAUGGUCAUAUUAGAGCAACAUAUCAUGCUCAGAAGGCUGAAGAAUAAUGCCUACAAACGUGGUGGAAGAAAUUAACUGGUCAAAAAAAUUUGUAGGUAGUUUUGCUAGAUUUUUUUCAAGAAGAUUUCAAAGUCAUGUUGUACAAUGUUGUAAUUCGUGGAAAUGACUUCGAUUUCAUAAAAUGGUUGGGAGUCCAUGUAGAAUGCAUAUGUUGCGGCUUUUUUCAUUUCCAAAUCAUGGAAUUUUUUUAACUCUGGAGGAAAUUAGGGACAUACUGGAAUCCAACUCCAAUGGCAAAAAAGAAACAUACUCCGAAUCUGAUUCAGACAGCGAAGCCCAGUGGAAAAAAACGAAGCUCUCCUCCAACUUUUUCCAUGCAUCAGAAUUUGGAUGAAGCUUCUCAUUCACUCUCUUCUUCAUUUUUCAAACAAUGGAAACAACACAUAAUGGUGAUUAGGAGAAUAUCACCCUUCUUUCAUGGUCCCCAAUGACACAGGACACCAUUCUUUGCCAAGAGUUCAUGCUUUUUUUUAGCAUCAAAUGCCCAGUAACAUGCAAGGUUGAUGCCUCUGAUGUUUCAAAACAUAUCAAUAACCUUUGUGCUCUUGAAUAGUUCAAGACCUCUGUGUAGACAGGACAUACUAGAAUCCAACUCCAAUGGCAAAAAAGAAACAUACUCCGAAUCUGAUUCAGACAGCGAAGCCCAGUAGAAAAAACAGAGCUCUCCUCCAACUCUUUCCAUGUGUCAGAAUUUGGAUGAAGCUUCUCAUUCACUCUCUUCUUCAUUUUUCAAACAAUGGAAACAACACAUAAUGGUGAUUAGGAGAAUAUCACCCUCUUUCAUGGCCCCCAAUGACACAGGACACCAUUCUUUACCAAGCUGGUUGGUGUUGUCACUAUUGAAAUAAUUGUUUCUGCUUUUUUUAGCAUCAAAUGCCCAGUAACAUGCAAGGUUGAUGCCUCUGAUGUUUCAGAACAUAUCAAUAACCUUUGUGCUCUUGAAUAGUUCAAGACCUCUGUUUCAGUUCAACUCUUAGAGACCAAAAUGCUUAAGAUCUAUCGAGGCAGACCGAAUCAUGUAAUGCUAAAUGUGGUAAAAUUUGGGAAGGUCCUAUUAUCUAAAGAGUGCCUAGUUUCAACUUCAACACUUGCAGGGACAUGUUAAAUUAUAAGGCAGCAAAAUGCGGAGCCGCCAUUACAACAGACUAUACUUGUCAAAGUCAUCAAGAUGUUACUCUGCUACUGCUGAUAGGAAAGUGCAAGAUACUGCAACUUUUGAGAUGGGUCUUGGAACAAUCAAGGUUCAUAUCCUUUACGUGUUAAAAGACAGAGGUGAUUGAGAUUUCUACAUGCUGUGCAAGUGUUCAACUCUUAGAGACCAAAAUGCUUAAGAUCAAUCGAGGCAGGCCGAAUCAUAUAAUGCUAAACGUGCUAAAAUCUGGGAAGGUCCUGUUAAUCUAAAGAGUGCCUAGUUUCAACUUCAACACUUGCAGGAUAUGUUAAAUUAUAAGGCAGCAAAAUGCGAAGCUGCCAUUACAACAGACUAUACUUAUGUCAAAGUCAUCAAGAUGUUACUCUGCUACUGCUGAUAGGGAAAAGAACCGGGCAUAAUAAGUAUCUUCAAAAGACUACUUAAGCAGCUUGUUGCUUCAAAUUUGGGAGUGGUUGCCAAAGGAAGAUGAUUUGCAGACGAAAUAAUUGGGAUUACUAUGAGUUUGAUCAUAAGUCUACUCAAGUAGCAAAAUCAAUUAGUUUUGAAUGUUGCAUGUUCUAAACAGUUGAAAGUAUUAUUCUAGUUUAUUUCUUGUAUGUAUUGGAAAGCACAUGACAUAUCCGAUUAUUGAUUAUAAAUGGACUAUAAGCAAGUAUAUGUUUAAUACAACGGACUAUAUAGUUUGUGUUCAUCUUUAUUUGAAUUUGUAUUAGUUCCUGCUUAAGUUUUUCUUUGGUAAGUAAGAUAACUUUUAUUGUAAAAAGACAACUCCAUGUAUAAUGGACACAGUAGAAUAAAAAAGAAAAAAAUUAUGCACAAAGAGUCAGCAAUUCUAUAAAACCAGGAAGUGAACUUGGUCUUGUUUAAUUAUUCAAGUUGUAAUUUUUGUUGUUUGUUCAUUUCCUACCAUACUGAAUUGGUUUAUGUUCUUAUCUUUUUCCCCCUUCUCCCUUCUGAUUUUUUAUUCAUUAGAACGAGAAUGAGAACAGAAGUAUUUAUCAUCUUAUUAUAACAUCAGAUAUUGUUUUAUUCAUUAGAAUGAGAAUGAGAAUAGAAGGUUCCUGUUUUUUUAGCAAUUUCAUGCUUUAGCUUACGAGACAACCCAUUUUUCCCUGUACCUUUGAGUUUUUGCCAGCAAACUGGAAUUCAUAGGAUCCAUUAAUUCCCACCCCUAAGCCAUUGAUAUGGCCUUCUAACAUAUCCAGUGUGUGGUCUACAUGACUUCAAAUUGGUAUGGCCUCAUUUUGAAACGGAUGUGUGGACAAAUAUCAAAAGCUUUAACUCUAAACUAAAAUAAGUUAGUGUUUGACAGUUUACAUUUAUGUUCAUAUUAGAGCAACAUAUCAUGCUCAAAAGGCUGAAGAAUAAUGCCCACAGACGUGCUGGAAGACAAUAACUGGUCAAAAUAAUUUGUGGGUAGUUUUGUUAGAAACAAUCUCCGAAUCUGACUCGGACAAUGAAGCCUAGUAGAAAAAUGCAAAGCUCUCCUCCAACUCCUUCCAUGUGUCAGAAUUGGGAUGAAGCUUCUUAUUCUACUCGCUAUCUUCAUCAUCCUUAUUCACUUUCUUCUUCAUUUUCCAAACAAUGGAAACAGCACAUAAUGGUGAUUAGGAGAAUAUCACCCUUCUUUCACGGUCCCCACAACCACAAGACACCAUUCUUUGCCAAGAUUUGGAUAAAAAGUGCAAGAUACUGCAACUCUUGAGAAAUGUGUUGCAACGAUCAAGGUUCAUAUCCUUUACGUGUUAAAAGACAAAGGUUCUACUCUUAGAGACCAAAAUGCUUUAUAUCUAUCAAGGUAGGCUGAAACAUGCAAUUCUGGAUGUGGUCAAAUCUGGAAAGGUCCUAUUAAUCUAAAGUUUCAACUUCAACACAUACAGGGACAUGUUAAAUUAUAAGGCAGCAAAAUGUGGAGCUGCCAUUACAACAGACUAUACUUAUGUCAAAGUCAUCAAGAUGUUACUCUGCUACUGCUAAUAGGGAAAAGAACUGGGCAUAAUAAGUAUCGUCAUAAGACUACUAAAGCAGCUUGUUGCUUCAAAUUUGGGAGUGGUUGCCAAAGGAAGAUGAUUUGCAGUUGAAAUAAUUGGGAUUACCAUGAGUUUGAUCAUAAGUAUACUCAAGUAGCAAAAUCAAUUAGUUUUGAAUGUUGCAUGUUCUAAACAGUUGAAAGUAUUAUUCUAGUUUAUGUUUUGUAUGUAUUGGAAAGCACAUGACAUAUCCGAUUAUUGAUUAUAAAUGGACUACAAGCAAGUAUAUGUUUAAUACAAUGGACUAUAUAGUGUGUGUUCAUAUUUA